GGGAGGAUGUGUGUUAUGGGAGGAGGGAGGAUGUGUGUGUUAUGGGAGGAGGGAGGAUGUGUUUUAUACGGAGGAGGGAGCAUGUGUGUUAUGGGAGGAGGGAGGAUGUGUGUUAUACGGAGGAGGGAGGAUGUGUGUUACGGGAGGAGGGAGGAUGUGUGUGUUAUGGGAGGAGGGAGGAUGUGUUUUAUACGGAGGAGGGAGCAUGUGUGUUAUGGGAGGAGGGAGGAUGUGUGUUAUACGGAGGAGGGAGGAUGUGUGUUACGGGAGGAGGGAGGAUGUGUGUGUUAUGGGAGGAGGGAGGAUGUGUUUUAUACGGAGGAGGGAGCAUGUGUGUUAUGGGAGGAGGGAGGAUGUGUGUUAUACGGAGGAGGGAGGAUGUGUGUUACGGGAGGAGGGAGGAUGUGUGUGUUAUGGGAGGAGGGAGGAUGUGUUUUAUACGGAGGAGGGAGCAUGUGUGUUAUGGGAGGAGGGAGGAUGUGUGUUAUACGGAGGAGGGAGGAUGUGUGUUACGGGAGGAGGGAGGAUGUGUGUGUUAUGGGAGGAGGGAGGAUGUGUUUUAUACGGAGGAGGGAGCAUGUGUGUUAUGGGAGGAGGGAGGAUGUGUGUUAUACGGAGGAGGGAGGAUGUGUGUUACGGGAGGAGGGAGGAUGUGUGUGUUAUGGGAGGAGGGAGGAUGUGUUUUAUACGGAGGAGGGAGCAUGUGUGUUAUGGGAGGAGGGAGGAUGUGUGUUAUACGGAGGAGGGAGGAUGUGUGUUACGGGAGGAGGGAGGAUGUGUGUGUUAUGGGAGGAGGGAGGAUGUGUUUUAUACGGAGGAGGGAGCAUGUGUGUUAUGGGAGGAGGGAGGAUGUGUGUUAUACGGAGGAGGGAGGAUGUGUGUUACGGGAGGAGGGAGGAUGUGUGUGUUAUGGGAGGAGGGAGGAUGUGUUUUAUACGGAGGAGGGAGCAUGUGUGUUAUGGGAGGAGGGAGGAUGUGUGUUAUACGGAGGAGGGAGGAUGUGUGUUACGGGAGGAGGGAGGAUGUGUGUGUUAUGGGAGGAGGGAGGAUGUGUUUUAUACGGAGGAGGGAGCAUGUGUGUUAUGGGAGGAGGGAGGAUGUGUGUUAUACGGAGGAGGGAGGAUGUGUGUUACGGGAGGAGGGAGGAUGUGUGUGUUAUGGGAGGAGGGAGGAUGUGUUUUAUACGGAGGAGGGAGCAUGUGUGUUAUGGGAGGAGGGAGGAUGUGUGUUAUACGGAGGAGGGAGGAUGUGUGUUACGGGAGGAGGGAGGAUGUGUGUGUUAUGGGAGGAGGGAGGAUGUGUUUUAUACGGAGGAGGGAGCAUGUGUGUUAUGGGAGGAGGGAGGAUGUGUGUUAUACGGAGGAGGGAGGAUGUGUGUUACGGGAGGAGGGAGGAUGUGUGUGUUAUGGGAGGAGGGAGGAUGUGUUUUAUACGGAGGAGGGAGCAUGUGUGUUAUGGGAGGAGGGAGGAUGUGUGUUAUACGGAGGAGGGAGGAUGUGUGUUACGGGAGGAGGGAGGAUGUGUGUGUUAUGGGAGGAGGGAGGAUGUGUUUUAUACGGAGGAGGGAGCAUGUGUGUUAUGGGAGGAGGGAGGUGUGUGUUGUAGGGAGGAGGGAGGAUGUGUAGGAGGGAGGAUGUGUGUUAUGGGAUGA